AUGUGGCAUAUCUACAGUGCCCCAAGCAAGCGUCGCAUCGAAACCGAUGUUAUGAAGCUGCUGAUGUCUGAUUACGAGGUGAACCUCGUCAAUGAUAACAUGCAGGAGUUCUACGUUCGCUUCUACGGUCCUGCAGAAACACCUUUCGCAGGUGGCGUUUGGAAGAUACAUGUGGAGCUCCCUGACCAGUACCCAUUCAAGUCUCCCAGUAUCGGCUUCAUGAACAAGAUCUUCCACCCCAACAUCGACGAGCUGAGCGGCUCUGUGUGCCUGGACGUCAUCAACCAGACUUGGUCACCUAUGUUCGACAUGAUCAACAUAUUCGAAGUUUUCCUUCCACAGCUCUUGCGCUACCCCAAUCCGAGUGACCCGCUGAACGGUGAGGCAGCUGCACUGCUCAUGCGCCACCCAAAGGAGUACGAUGCCAAGGUCAAGGAAUAUGUGCAGCGCUUUGCGACGAAGGAGGCUGCGGACGCGGCAGCAGGCAAGGAAGAGGAGGAUGAAGAGGACGAUGAGAUGAGCGAAGUCAGCAGCAUAAGCGAGGAAGAGGCUACCGAGUCGUGA